AAAGUAAAAGUCUUCAAUUUAUUAUUCCCGUUGUUUAAAAUCAUAACAUUGGAAAGUGCAAAUCCAGUUUCAUUUUCUCCAACAAAGACAAAACUAGCCGUUACACCCUCCAUUUUAUCUCCCCACCACCAUUGCUCUACUCUAGUCUCUAUCUGUUGGAAGUUUCAUUCUCAGCUAUCUUUCUCUCUGUAGAUAUCUCCCUUUCUCUCUCUGUCUCUGUGCACCUUUAAUUUUAAGCAGUAUCAGGAUUAGGGUUUGUCAAUGGCGAAUUUAGCUUCUCCGCAGAACACGAUUAGUCCCAAUUCAGAUAAGCAUUUCUGGAACACUUUACAUAAAAGGGUUGAAUCGAUUCUUGAAACUCGAAAAACUGAUCCAUCAUGUUCGAUUUCCUCUACGAAUUGUGGAGGACUGAAUCCUAGAGGUAAGAAAUUGAAGGAGGAUUCUAUGCUUUUGAUCAGAGGUUUUGAUUCAGUUGCUUCUUCAUUAUCUACACUUACAGCCAAUCUGGAAAAUGCCCUUCAGGGAGCAAGAGAAGUAGCAAAACCAUCACUUUUGACUGAGAUAACACCCAACAAUCGAAAUGGAAACAAUAACAAUGACAAUGUAGCAGUGGAAGAUCAAAAACCAGAUGGAGAAAAAAAGGGAAUGAAGAGAAAACUUGAUGCACAGGAUUGUUGCACUUCUUUAGAAAAGCGUGAAAAGACAGCUUCUGAUGAUCAAAAACAGAACAACUAUCAAGCAGAGAUGAACCACCUAAAGAAAAUAAAAAAUCUUGCAGUUGCUUUGGCAACAAAAUCAGCCUCAUUAGCCAGAGAGCUGAAAUCAGUGAAAUCUGACAUGGGUUUUCUGCAAGAGAGAUGUGCAUUGCUUGAGGAGGAAAAUCUGAGACUUAGAGAUGGGUUUGGAAAAGGAGAUAGACCAGAUGAUGAUGAUCUGGUAAGACUUCAGUUAGAGGCAUUACUAGCUGAGAAAGCAAGAUUAGCCACAGAGAAUGCAAAUCUAACAAGGGACAACCAAUGCCUUAGACAACUAGUUGAGUAUCAUCAAUUUGCUUCUGAAGAUCUAUCUGCAUCAUAUGAGCAAGCAGUCCAAGGACUUUGCUUAGAUUUCUCUUCACCAUUACCACAAUAUGAGGAGGAUGAAACUCCUAAUCCUAGGAAAAAAAGCAUCUUUGAGUUCCCAACUUGUCUAGAGAAGAGUUUUGAUGCACAAGAUGAGGAUGAUUUACAUGAAUCAGAAACCACUAGUCCUAGGAAAGACAUCUUUGAGUUCCCAACUUGUUUAGAUAAGAGUUUUGAUGAGGAAAAAGUCUUGCUAAAAGAUUGAUUGUUGGUUGAUUAACCAUUUUAAUCAGCCCAUUUCCUCUCUUUAAUUCCUCAUUAUUGGAAUUUGUAUUUGUAUUUCUUUUCUAAUGUAAACUUUCAUGGAUAUUGAGCUAUAUAAUGCUCAGUCUUGUAUUAUUAUCAUCAUGAUAUUUUGCAUCAACAAAGAUAUGUGGUAUCAGAUGAGCAAGCAGUCCAAGGCCUUCAGUUGUGGCAUUUGUCAUUGUAGACACCAAAAGUUUAA